GAAAAGCUGAGCCAGCGGCUGCGCCUCCUGCCUUUCCCUCUGCGCCCUUCUCUCCCGAGCUGCAGCGCCGGAGCCCGUCUGCGAGCGGAGCCACCAUGAUCGGCCAGAAGACGCUGCUCUCGUUCUUCUCGGCGGCGCAGGCCAAGAAGCGCAGCCGCUCCCCGGAACCAGUCGGGGCCGCUGAGGCAGGCUCUCCUAAGAGGUCGAAGGCUGACGCUCCGUCCCCGCAGUCCCCGCCUCUCAGCCCGGAGCAGCUGGAGCGGAUCCGCAGGAACAAAGAGGCGGCCUUGCAGAGACUCGCUUCCCGCAUCAGCAGCCUUGCUCCUCCGGAGAUCGCGCAGGACUGGAGGGUCGCUCUCGCCGGGGAGUUCGCCAAGCCGUAUUUCGCCCAGCUAAUGGACUUUGUUGCUGCAGAGCGCAAGCGCUACACAGUGUAUCCAGCUGUGCAUCAAGUCUUCACCUGGACUCAGAUGUGCAGUAUCCGUGAUGUAAAAGUUGUCAUCUUGGGCCAAGACCCGUAUCAUGGACCCAACCAAGCACAUGGACUCUGUUUCAGUGUCCAGAGACCAGUUCCACCUCCACCCAGCCUAGAGAACAUCUACAAAGAACUGGCUGAAGACAUAAAAGGCUUUUCUCAUCCUGGCCAUGGAGACUUGACCGGGUGGGCUAAACAAGGAGUACUUCUACUCAAUGCUGUUCUUACAGUCCGAGCACACCAAGCCAAUUCCCACAAAGAGAAGGGCUGGGAGCAGUUCACAGACGCAGUGGUCUCCUGGCUAAACAGCAACUUGGAUGGUGUGGUCUUCAUGCUUUGGGGGGCCUAUGCUCAGAGGAAAGGCAGCUCUAUCGACAGGAAACGGCACCACAUCCUACAGACAGCUCACCCUUCACCCCUGUCAGUGCACAGGGGUUUCUUUGGCUGUAAGCAUUUCUCUAAAACAAAUGAAUUGCUGAAAAAGUCUGGGAAGAAGCCCAUUGCUUGGAGCACCCUAUGAAUGUUUUGCAGCAGCCUCAAGACCACAGAAUUUGAAACCAACUGUGUUUGAUUCUUAGAGUACAGUCACUACUUGGGAAUAAUUCUUUAGAUUUGUUUAAAUUGAAUGUGCCAGAUCAAAGAGUCUACUAAUCUAAUCUUUUAUUUUGGAGUGGCUUUGAAUUUAAUGGAAUUAAUCCUGAAAAUGUGUUUUUCACAUUCUUGGUGCAUUUUGGGACAAAAAUAGAUUGGCUAAGAUGUUAGCCUUUUUAUGUUCACUCUGGCUAGUGCCAAGGAAGGCAUUCCAUUCUGUUAUUUGCUAUUG